CAGAGCUCCUCAUUGAAAAGUUUUCAAUUUAUCUCUUAGGAGUGAGGUUUUUUAAAAACAGCUUUAUUGAGAUAUAAUUCACAAAUCGUAUACCUCACCCAUUUGAAGUCCACCGUUCAAUGGUUUUUCAUAUAUUCACAGGAGUUAUUCCACCUUCACCCAAGUCAGCUUUAGAACAUUUUCAUUAUGUUCAAAAUUCACCCCUCAGUUGUCACCCCAACAGCUCACCUCCUCCAGCCCCAGGCAAACACUUACUUUCUGUCUCUAUCGAUUUGCCUAUUGUGGAUUUUUCAUAUGAAUGGAAUCAUACAAUAUGUGGUCUUUUGUGUCUGGCUUCUUUCAUUCAAUAGAAUGUUUGCAAGGUUCCUCUACUUUGUAGCAUGUAUCAGUACUCCGUUCCUGUUUAUGGCUGAAUAAUACAUCACUGUAUGGAUAUAGUGCAUUUUGUUUAUCCAUUCUUCAGUUGAUGGACGUUUGGAUGAGUUUAUUGUUUUUAAUAGAAAGAAGGUGUUAAAAAGUUGAAGCUUCUAUAUUUCUUGAGGGUGGAGAAAAGCAUCUUCUGUCUUUCAUCACAGGUAUAGAGGUGACAUACCCAGCAAUGAAGAGCAGCACCCUGCUUAUCUUCCUGUGGGGACUGUCCUGUGCUCUCCCAGUAACCAGGUAUCAAAAUACUGAAUCUAAGAGUUCUGAAGAAUGGAAGGGCCAUUUGGCUCAGACACCAGCACCACCUCUGGAGAGAAGUGAGUCAUCAGAAGAAAGUAAAGUUAGCUCAGGGGAACAGGUAAAUGAAGACCCCGGUGACAGCACUGCAUCCGAGGAGGGCCUGGGCCUUGGCGAUCAGCGAUACACUCGCAGCCCAGCUGGCGGCCUUGCUAGGAGUGGAGAAGAGGGCGAUGAUACAGAUGAUGGUGAAGACGAGAGCGGAGACGACACCUUGGCCGACGGGGACAACAGCCCAGGCCCUGAAGGGAGGCGAGGAGGUGACGAGGACGCCACCGACACCACGCACUCCACGGAGGGCGGCGUCCCGCGGGGGCAAGACGGUGCCCGGGAUGCCGCCAGCGGGAGCAGGGGCUUUGCCAGGGGGACCGGGGGGCACAGCGGGCCCGGGGGGGGAGGCCCCGCCCCAGGCGGCGAGAGCGCCGGGCACCGGGCGGGAGGCGGCAGCGGGGGAGCCCGUAGCCGCGGGGACGGCUCUGAGGCCGACGGUGAAGAGAUGCGGAGCGACGACCCGGGCGCCUCCAGCAGCGAGAGGAGCAACCCCAGGACGAGCAGCGCCGGCAGCCGGUCGGAAGAGCCGAAAGGGAGCGGCAGGGGGCGAGCGGGCCCCCCGGCUUCCGGCGGAAGCCCGUCAGCGGGGCGUCCCGGUAGGAGAGUUUUCAGAACGUCUCGCAUCUCUGGGGAGGACGGCAGAGGCGAGCUUGGUGCCAGCGACACGAUGGAAGAGAGCCAGGGUGACUCCGCAGAGCACCCCGCCCCCGAGGGAGCCGGCGUCGGCCGGGCCAGGGAGCUCAGCGAGAGCGAAGCGCAGCAAGAGAGCGAGGAGAGCCGGUCCCCGGAAGACGGCGAGCAGGCCCCAGAGCCCAGCAGUGAGUCCAGCCAAGAGGCUGAGCUGCCGUCUCGAGAGAACAGCAGUGAAUCCCGGGAGGAGCUGGAGCGUGAGCCCAGGGGCGACAAUCCCAGCAGCGCCGCCAGCCACCCCGAGGACCCGGGAGCGAGCGACUCCAGCGAGGAGGACGGCGUGGCUGGAUCCUCCAGUUCCGAGAGCAGGUCCGGAGAGGCGCAGACCCACGGCGAAUCCAGUGAGAGCCUCCGGUCCUCGGAGGAAAGCCCGGAGUCCACUGAGGAGGAGAACAGCUCCAGCCAGGAGGGCCUCUGGUCUCGCAGCGCCUCGACGGAGAGCCAGGAGAGCCACGAGAGCCACGAGGAAGAACAGGGAAGCGAUUCUCAGGACAGCGGCAAAUCCAAAGACGAGAGCAACUCGACGGAGAGCACGUCCAGCAGCGAGGAAGGCGUCCAGUCCAAAACCACUGAGACAGAAAGCAGGAGAUUAACAGUCGAUGCUUAUCACAACAAACCCGUCUGGGACCAAGACGACAAUGACUGCCGAGACGCCUAUUAG